AUGCCGCCGCAGCAGGAGGGCGAGGCGGGCUACAUCAGCAAGCCGGUGCCGGGCGGCUGCGAGGUGCCGCCGGUGCCCCCGCGCAGAGUGCGCAGCGGGCGGGCGGCGGCGGCACUGGGGGCGGCGCUGGGCGGCCGCUGCCGGGCGGCAGGGAGCGGGGCCGGGGCCGCAGCGGGGAACGGGGCGGGUGCCGGAGCCGAGCCCCGGCGCAGCAUCAAGUGUGUGCUGGUGGGGGACGGCGCCGUGGGGAAAACCAGUCUGGUGGUGAGCUACACCACCAACGGGUACCCCACCGAGUACAUCCCCACUGCCUUCGACAACUUCUCCGCCGUGGUGUCUGUGGAUGGCAAGCCGGUGCGACUGCAGCUCUGUGACACGGCUGGGCAGGAUGAGUUCGACAAGCUGAGGCCUCUGUGCUACACCAACACAGACAUCUUCCUGCUGUGCUUCAGUGUUGUCAGCCCCUCGUCCUUCCAGAACGUCAGCGAGAAGUGGGUCCCCGAAAUCCGAUGCCACUGCCCCAAGGCGCCCAUCAUCCUGGUGGGGACGCAGUCGGACCUCCGGGAGGAUGUCAAGGUGCUCAUCGAGCUGGACAAGUGCAAGGAGAAGCCGGUCCCGGAGGAGGCCGCAAAGCUCUGUGCUGAGGAAAUUAAAGCUGCAUCCUACAUCGAGUGCUCGGCUUUGACUCAGAAAAACCUCAAGGAGGUCUUUGAUGCAGCCAUUGUGGCUGGAAUUCAGUACUCAGAUACCCAGCAGCAACCAAAGAAAUCCAAGUGUAGGACUCCAGACAAGAUGAAAAACCUCUCUAAAUCCUGGUGGAAAAAAUACUGCUGUUUUGUAUAGGAGAUGUGAGGACCCGAGUGCUGCUCUGAGGAAAUCAAAUAGAAGCUAUAUUAGCUGAAAUCUCAUUCUGUGUUGUCUGGAGUGUAUAGCUUAGGUCUGUAUGUAUGUGUAUAUGUUGCUACUUGGUAUCUCCGUUGCCCUCAAGAGGGUGGCAGAAGGAUUUGUAGUUAAAAUCAUGGCUAUAAAUCAAGUCUGGCAUUGAGUUUCGUGACUAAUAUCUUUCAUUGCGGAAGAAGUGCACCAUGUAUCUGUGAAGUUAUAACGAUUUGUCCAAAGGAUUUGACUUCUUGUCUUACCAUGUGUACCGGAUCGGGAGGAACAGACAGGAGCCUUUUGCUGCAAGGGCUGCGCAGGAGGACUGUGGAAAUGUAGAGCUGUGUACACGGACGAUUCAAGGGAAAAUAACACUGUGCCUCCUAACGGACCUUUCUAGCUUUAAAAAACCCACUCCUGCUCUUUUCUCCAUGUCUUCCCAAACCAACAGUCUUAGGGAUCGCUUUAAAGAGGGUAUGCAAGAGGUGUAAUCUAUACGCAAAUGCUGUGGUUGGAAAGGUCACGUAUAUACCUUCAGCAUGCUGUGAGGGAACCUGAUACGUUACAGCACUGACAUCUCAUUUGUCACCUCCUGAUUUGAGGGUCAUCUUUGUCCUUUUCCCUUCAUGCUGAGGGCAUCAUAAGGAAGCCCAAGGAGUGUUACUGAGCCUUAGCUCACCACUUUGGGUGGCAGUGGGUUUCUCUAUCUCUGUGUGGACGUGAUGACAGUUAGUCUAUUUCAACAGAAAGGAAUGUAAAUGCUGUUGGGUUGGUUGGUUGUUUUUUUUUGUUUUUUUUUUUUUAAUUUUUUUUUAAUUUUUUUUUUU